AUGUCAAUGCUUCCCCGCAGCAACUCGGCCACAGUCGCGCCACAGCCUGCCAGCGGUGGCGGUGCGCCCGCCUUCUCCGUUUCAAUGUCGUCUUCAAGGUGGCCGCAACGAGGUGCGUCGCCGCCGCUGACCACGUCCUCUCAGGUACCGCCGUCCGCAGAGUCCUCCUCCGCGAACAGCUCAUCAUCGAGGACGUCGUCUUCCUACGCCGACAGCGACGACGAGCGCUGCCGCGUGCAGGGCUCUGGCGGUGGCGUCCGUGGCGCAGGUAACGCUGCGGCCGUCUCGGCAGAGGCCCCGAAGAGCCGCAGUACCCGAGCAAAGCUGUGGCUGCAAAAGAAACUCGUCCCGGAUUUCGUGCACGAGUACGGGCGCACCGUCUACGGCGGCAACCCGCUUUCGCAGCAGACGCUGCCCGGCGUCUUCAACUACCCCCCGCCCUUCAUCCUCGUACCCAUCUUCUACGUGUUGAUGGUGCCCUUCCUGAUUUUGGGGACGUUGGUGCUGGUGAAGGGUCGUGAAUACCACAUCGUUGAGCAGGAAUACAGCCACAUCCACCAGUACCAGUACGUGCCGUCGAACUCGAGCGUGAACAUCAACCAUCGCAUCCUGCAGUUUACGGCGGACGGCGUGACUCACGCGCAGGGCACGCGGACGUGGCUGGAGAUCAACAUCAGCCACCACAUGAAGGCACCGGUGUACAUGUACUAUAAGAUCGCCAACAUGCACCAAAACCACCGCGACUUCCACAACGGCCGCUCCAACUCGCAGCUGAGGGGCAAGUCGACGAUCAAGAAACCGUACUUGUGCCAGCCAUACACGUACCCUGGCUUCCGCAGUGACGAGGGCGAUACACCCAUCACCAUCACCGACGCGACCGGGGCGCAAGUGACGCGGCCGGCCAGCUACUUUACCUACAACCCCUGCGGCAUCGCGCCGUGGUCCAAGUUUAACGACACGUUCAUUCUCUACCGCAAGCUGACGCCGGCGGAGGUGCUGCAAGCGAACACCAGUGGCAUACCGGUGCUUCACGGCGGCGUGGACAGCACGACGCCGAUGACGCUGAUCUGCAACGGCACUGAUUUUGGGCUGCGAGGCGAGCCCCUCCACGGCAGCGUGACGAAGAACCACUGUUCCAAGAUGGGCAUCACCUGGAAGGCGGACAGGGAGGUUCGAUUCCACAACAUAACGCUGCGCGAGGACUGGUGGUCGCUGUACUACCCGUACCCGACGACUAACGAGUACCUGCGCAACGGCUGGUACCUGCAUGAGCCGGGGCACGCGCUACCGGACCCGUCCGACUAUGACCUGCAUGUGUGGUUGCGAGCAUCCCUCACCUCCAACUUCCGCAAGCUGUACCGCAUUAUCAACAUGCCCCUCUACCCCGGCACGUAUCUGGUGGAAAUCAGCGAGUUCUACGACGUGGUGAGCUUCCGUGGCCGCAAGAGCGUGGUGCUGCAGAACGCCAACUGGGUUGGCGGCCGCAACAUCGUGCUCGGUGUCGUGUUCAUCGUCAUGGGGUGUGCGUCUUUUGUCCUCGGCGUCACCUUCACGGUGGAGUGCAUGCUGCAGCUCAACGGCGUGAACCGGUACAAGCGCCUGCGCGAGCCGAAGCGCAGCUGGUACGUGUUCUGGCCAAACGAGCCGGAGUUUGCGAAUUACUAUCAGCUGCGUCUGCGCCGACAUAUCCCGAUGGCGCAGCUGCAGUUGCUGCGCAAGGCUGUAGCCGAGCUGGAGAGCUUGACGCGCGACGGCGAUGUCAACAGGAACGACGUGAAUGGCCAGCGCGCGUGA